AAUUCUUUUUUCAUUUUCCAUUUUUUAUCUCUCCACCAGUCGAAAUUCAUUUCUCGCUUUCUGCUGUAAUCACUCACAAGUCACAACACGAACGAAGGCAAACCCUAAAAUCAAAGCAGAAAAUUAGAAGGCAAACGCGCUGUACAGAGAGGUGCGCAUGGAUUCAAAUGCGAAAGGUAAUGCGGACUCCAAGGCUGAAUUCCGUAAGCCUUCGAACGAUGCAGCUAACAGGAAGUACCGGCGUAGAUCUCCGAUGGCUGGGUCGCCAUCAUCAUCCGAUGGAAGUCCACCACGUGACCGUAGCUCGAGUCCAGUCCCGUUGAGAAAGGAUAUUACAAAAGUUGCUGAUGAUGAACAGAAAAGGGACGAUGGUAGGAAUCGAACGUCAUCUAGGAGCCAUCACAGGCAUGAUGACCAUAUUAGGCGUGAUAAACGUGUGGAUGAUUAUGAUCGAGGAUAUUCCAAGCAAUCCUACCGUUCUAGCCGGGACUCGCGAGACAACAGUAACUCAAAUUACUCGAGAUCUGAUAGAGAGCACCCGUCUAGACAUUAUGUGAAAGAUGUGGACACAUAUUCUCGUGCGAAAUCUGAUGGUUUGGGGCAUAGAAGUAGGGAUAAGGACUCGUAUGAUAGGGGUGAUCGGUAUGGAAGGACGGAUUAUAGAAAGAGUUCCCUUGAUCAUAAAGGUGAUGAUUAUUAUUCACGAAGGGACAGUUCUGGGUAUCGUUUGAAAGAAUCUUCUUCAAGAGACUACACUGAAAUUGAUCCAAAUGAUGAAAAGAAGCGUGUUGAUAUGGGCUCUCAUAAGGUGCAAAUUAAUAGAGAUACAAAGGAGAACUCUGGCAGUAUGUCCGACAAAGGUGAAGAGGCUGUCGCUAAGAAGCCGAAGACUUUAAGCCCUGAUGGCAAUGCUGCUGGACUAGAUGGUCCUCCUGAGAAGUCUUAUGUGACGGAUUCUGAUAUUGAUGCUGCAAAAGUUGCUGCUAUGAAAGCUGCUGAAUUAGUUAACAAGAACUUGAUUGGAACUGGAUGCAUGACUGCUGACCAAAAGAAAAAGCUUUUGUGGGGCAACAAGAAAAACACUUCUACGGAGGAGCCUGCCCAUCGUUGGGACACGACAAUGUUUGGCGACCGUGAACGACAAGAAAAAUUCAACAAACUCAUGGGCGUGAAGGUGGUGGAGUCCAAGGUGGCGACCAAGCUGGACAAUCCAGAUGUCGAGAAGCAGCAGGAGCAGCUUCAGAUGGAGUUGGAGAGACAGUACACGGCCGGUUUGCGCCGGAGAGAUGGCCGGACUGUCGGGCUCGGCCUAUAAGAUACUUUGUUUUGUUGUCUUUUCGUGCAUGCUACUCUACUGUUAUUGUGCUUUGGAGGAUUGUGUGUUGUGCGGAAGAACUAUCGUGUUAUAUGUCCACUUGGUGUUUGAUCGUGACUUGCAACGUUGUUUGGAUGUUUGACGUUAUUCGGAUGAAGUUGGUUAACAUCUUGUUUUGGAUAAAUAAUCCAUGUUUGGUGCUAAAUUAAAAAAUGAGUCGUAGUAAAGUUUGUUUUUGUUUU